CUCGUAAGUCUGAUGAAAAGCAACUACGAUUUUUAAUAUGUGAAGGGUGUAGAGUGCAUAGGACUGCACCGUCUGUGAUCCAAAGCUGUGACUAUUUUUAGAGUUGGAACCAUCCAAUCUCCGUUCGUUAGGAAAGGAAAAAACUGCAAAAUGAGGACCACCAAUCGACCAGUAAUAGUUGGCGCCAUAAUCGGAAUUCUAGUAUUGCUGUUUUACUUUUCGAAGGAAAUGACAUCGAUUGAAAAAUCCAUCAGCUUACUCACAUCCAAAGACCCCAAGGAGUUCCCUCUCCUCUCAGCAGCGGAGGACCCGGCUCUUCUUGAAUAUGUGAAACAGCGACUCAUACAGCCGCCUGCAGUAGGAAAUUACAACCUCCUUAAGCCAGACAAGACGCACUUCUCCCAGUACCGGCAGAGUCAUGUCGCCAGUAAACUUCUGGAAGGAUUGGAUAAAGGUUUCUUCGUGGAAGCUGGAGCACUGGACGGAGAAGACAAGAGCAACAGCUUGUAUUUCGAGAGGGAGCGAUCCUGGACAGGCCUCCUCGUGGAGCCGGACCCUUCCCUGUACGAAACGCUCGUCUCGAAGAAGCGUAAAGCGUUCUCCAUCAACGCAGCCUUCUCGUUCUCUAAUACGUCGGAUAUAGUCAAAUUCGAGCCACGGCGAGGACUUGGCCGCCUGGUACCGGGCAGCAGGAAAGGGAUAUCUGUGAAGACUGUCCCCAUCUCUACCAUGUUGCAGGCGCUAGAGGUCACUCAAAUCGACUUCUUUUCCCUGGAUAUCGAGGGAGCCGAGCUGAAGGUUCUCAGGACGUUUCCCUGGGAUAAAGUCAAGAUUCGACUGAUUUGCAUCGAGGUUAACCACAUCGACUUUGAACGUCUGGAUUCCAUCAUGAAAGAACAAGGCUACAUGUAUGUUGGCAAGUGGAACAUUGACGCGUGGUAUGGGUGGAAGGACCUGCUUCAAGAAACGAUCAAUGUAGAGGAAUAUCCGAAGAAGUUAAUUCCGUAGGGUUUCAGUUCUUUCCGUCUUGUGUUGUGAUAAGUUUUAGAUACAUAUCUAUUUAGAAUGUGGUAUUGUAUGGGCUUUUGACAAUCUUGUUCUAUGUUCAAAAUGUUUAUCUAAUACUAAAAUGCCAGGGGUUCUCUGCUUUUCAUGUCAACUUUCAUUAUAGAAUUAAAUUUGAACACACAAAACGUAUUCCUUGGCAAAUAGUUUUUUUUUUUUCCAUUCUGCAUAAUUGGAAGUUGUUUGAAUUGAAAUACUUUGAUACUGUAUGACCCAGGGUAACCCUCCAAAAAAGGCAUGUUAACUUUUUUUAUUAACGUGAUACUGUGUGGCAUUUUGAUAUAUGCUUUGUUUUGCUUUGUGUUCAUCUAAUAACAUUAGAUCAGUGGUACAAUGUAAUACUUUUGUACGUUCUGUAUUUCACUGAGUGAAGGUAAGUUAAGUGAAUCAUGAGCAUUUGAGGUUUCAAUGUCUUUUUGUAAUUUCUGUUAAGUUACGUCUGUAAAGUGACAUAUUAGAGUUAAUUACACAUUUACAAGAUCACAGGUUCAUGUCUUUUCUUGUUCCAUUAUACCCUUGGGCAUUCUAUAAAAAAAGAAAUGUAGUAAAAUAAAUAUAGUGUAACCAAUCAA